AUGGGAAAAGGGAAAUAUAAUGUUGAAUCUUCAGAAGAAGAAGGAAAAAAUGAUUAUGAGAAGGAUGAUUUUGUUGUGGACUCAUCCUAAAUAUCCUCAGAUGAGGUAUAAGAGGAGUAAUAUAUAAUUUAAUAGUUUAAAGUUAGAACGAUUCAUUUAAUGAAGAAUUAUCAGAUGAUGAUAGGAGUUUGAUUGAAGAAAAUAAGAUGGUGAUAAAUUAAAGGUGUCUAUAGAAGAUAGAAAAGGAAUAUGAUAAAGUAGAAUUAAAAGAUACUCCAGUAGAUCCAUUUUCACAGGAGCAGUUUGAUGAGAAUGAGUAAAAUGAGAAGUUAAUAAAUAAAUUGUUUGAUCCAAGUUAAAGAGAAGUGGCAUUCUUGAAUGAAAAUGAUGAAGAAAUACUUAAAUAGGAUGUGCCUGAAUCAAUUUAAAUUACUUAUAUGAAGAUGACUAAGGGUUAGAUAAUGUAAAAUGCAAGAGAAGAAACUUCUGAAUAAUAAUUUAAAUGGAUUGGAGAAUAAAUGUUUACUCAGUUCGAUUACAAAAAUAUAGUUGAUAUUUUGGUUGGAAUAAAACUAAUUUUGGAAUUCUAUAGAUAAAAGAACUUAGAUAUAAUGUAUAUUUAUACUUACAAACGUCAUCUCAUAACUUCAAAAUUGCAAUUGGAACAUUAUUGGAAAAUAAGGGAACUGGAUUAUGAAUGGGAAUACUUUAGUAAUUUUAAGAAUAGGAUAUAGAAGUUAAUAGACUCUAUUCCUGAUGAAUAUUAAAAAUAAAUAGACACAGCCAAUAUGUAUUUAGAGAAGUCUAAAUAAAUAGAGGAUUUGUAGAAUUUAAAGGAUUACAUAGAUUAUAUAAUUAUGAAACAUAAUUGCAAGAGGAUAGUAUAUUUGGAAUAGGAAUUAUUGAAAGAGAAUUAGGAGAAACAAUUAUUGGGUUAGAGAAUGAAAUAAGAUUAAGCAAUGGAAUUAGAAUAAGAAUAGGUGAACUCUAAAAUUGAUAAUAUUCUUAAAGAAUUAGAGAAUCUUAAUUUAAAUAGUAAAAAGAAUCCUCAUACAAUGGAGAAGGAUAUGUUAGAGUGUAUUAGAUAAAAAGUGGAUUAGGUAGCAUUGAAGUUUUGUUAUAUUUCAGAUGAAUUCUUCAUCAAAUUGUAAGGAAAGAGUGUAUAAGUGGAUAGAAAGUUCAUAGAAGAUUUGGAGGAAUUAUGGAAUCAUCAAAUAGAGACUGCAGAGUUUUAAUCAUAAAAUUCCAUUUCUCAAUAUAUCAAGUUAUUAUAAAGGUAUUUGAUGAUGGACCUCUAUCAUCAUCCCUUCAUUAGAAAUUUUAUAAAUUAACUAUAUAGAGAUCAUCUACUUAUUUCAACAGAACCAACUUAAUUAGGUAAUCGAGAAAUUACAGUUAUCAAUUACUUUUAUCCAGUUAAGAGAAUUAAACAUAGAUAAUAUAUAUAUAUGGAAGAUCAAAUUUGGAUGUAAUGUCUUAGAGCAGAAUAAUUGGGAUACAUUAAAAUUAAUUUUUCAAUCUCAGAAGAUAAAGUUCACUAAAAAGAAAAGAUUCCAAGAGAUGAUAUAAUGGUUUUAUUGUGUGAUUAAUUUGCCAAUAUACAUGAUUCCUAAAAAGAGCCAGAAAAUAUUAUUAGAGUUAGAGAUCUCAUGCUUAGAGGUAUUUUAAAAGAAAUAUUGUAUCCUAUUUUAGAAAGAUAAAUUAAAUAUAAAUUGAAAUCUCUUUCAUCCAAACAUAUUGUGAGAAUGUGUUAAUAAAAAUUCAAAUAACUUAUUAAUAAACAACCUCAUAUGAGUUAAGUUGGAAAUAAUUAAUAAAUGUUAUAAACUACUAAUCCUGAUGUCAAAAUCAUGUCUUUAAUUAUUGGAUAAGAAUAAACAGAUAGCAAUGUAUUCAAAGCUGAUUCUCAAGAUUGUCCAAUCUAAAAGAAAUAUAUUGGAAUGUCAAUUAUAGAUUAUAAAGGUGAAUAAUAGACUCUCCAAAUCUUUAAUUAUUUGACAUAAGAUGAAAAGAGAACUGAAAUGCUUGAAUAAAUCAGAAAAGAAUAAGCUUUAUUAGAUAAUUUCUUUGAAAAGUAUAAACCAGAUAAUGUUGUCAUCUCUGCUAAUCACUCUGAUUGUUUGAAAUUAAGAAAUAAUUUACUUAAGAAAUAUUAAUAGACAUCUUCUGUUUGGAUUACUUUGGCAGAUUCAUAAAUCUCAAGAAUUUAUAGUAUGAGUGAAAAGAGUAAUUUAUAAUUACCAGACAUACCUUAAAUUUUGAAAGAGGCUAUUUCUUUGGCCAGAUAUAAACUUAAUCCAAUGGCAGAAGUCUUAAAUCUAUGGAGUGAUUCAAUUGAUAAAAAUGGUUGUUUACAUUUCAAUUAACAUCCUCUUUAAUCUAUGGUAAGUUAAUAAGUUUUACUUGAUGCUUUAAAACAAACUGCCACUGAGAUUGUCAAUUAAGUUGGAGUUGAUUUAGUUGAUUAUACUCUAUAUAAACAUUUGGCAGAUUAAAUGUAAUUCAUCAAUGGUUUAGGAAGAAGAUAAGCUAAACAUUUAUUAACAACGGUCAAAGGAAGGUAGAAAUGAUAGAUAAAAUACUAUUGUUAGAGAAUUGAUGAAAUAACCUUAAAAGAUGGAAGAUCUCUUGAUAGAAGAAUGGGCUAAAUUAAAAGAACUGAAAGAUGGAAGUGAAAAUUUUACUUUAGUAGCUCAAUUCAUGAAAGAAGAAUUGGAAAAUCCUUUCUUUUAUAAAUUUGAUACUUCAAAUACGGAGAUGAGUAAUUCUGAGAUAUUCUAUGCUAUCACUUAAGAAUCUCCAUAUACUUUCCGUAAAAACAGUAUUGUUUAAGGAUCAAUUAUUAAAUAAAUAGAAGGUAAAGAAAAGUGUGAGAUUAGUGAUAAAUUACUAAUAAAAUUAUCACAUAAUGGUUUAUAUGGUGCUCUACAUUAAGAAGAUAUGUUAGAUUAAGAAUUUAGAAUUGGGUAAAUUAUUAAAGUCUAUGUGAAGAGGAUACCAGCUACAGAAAAUAAUGAUCCUAAUUUGAAUAUCCUUUUUAUAGAAUUAUCAUAGAAGCUUGAUUGGUAUCGAUGGGAUUAAGAGUAUCUAAAACCAUCUGAAUAUGAUCCAUGGCCUUAUUCCAAUAUAUGUUAUGGGGAUUAUUGUAAUAAAGUUAUGCAAACCUUUGAUUUAAGUAAAUUAAAAGAGUUUGAUCAACCAAUUAUUCUAUUGGAAUUGCCUAACAUAUAACGAGAAAAAUUGAUUCUCAGAAAUAUUAACCAUCCAUAAUUCUAAUUAGUACUUCUUAAAGGAGCUCUUGAAUAUAUUGAAAGCUAACCUGUUGGGGAAUACAUUAUAAGACCUAAUUUUAGACUUAAAGAUCAUUUAACAACCACAUGGAAAUUCCAUGAAGGUAUUAUUGUUCAUCUCAAUGUUUAAGAAUUAAAAUCUGUCUAAAGUUAUAAACCUCAACUUGUUUUGAAAGGCAAAGCUUACGAAUCUUUGGAUGAAAUCUAUGAAAACUAUAUUACUCCAUGCAAUCUACAUAUGGAAGCUGCAGUUAAUAAUGAGAAAUUCUAUAAUUGUACAAUGGAAUAAUUAGAAAUAAGUUGAAAGAAGAUAUAGAAAAGAAUGAAAAAAUUAUACCAUAUGGUUUUUGUGUCACUGACAAGUUUCCACAAUAUAUUGUGUUAAUGUAUAUGAAAUAGAAGAAUAAAGUAGAAAAAGAGUUAAUAAAAGUUAAACCUGAAGGUCUAAGUUUCCACUUUGUAUUGCAAAAUAAUCUAAACGAUAUAACCAUAUGGUUAAAGAAAAACUUUAAUACUCAAGAAAAUAAGGAUUAUAUCAAAAGAACUAAACAACCUAUUCCUGAAACUGAUGAUAGAUUAAAUUAAUUAAAUUCAUAAUGGGAAGUUAAGAGGGAGAAAACUAAAGAAGAAAGAGUCAAACAUGAAGAAUCAUCUUGUAAAUAUAUAAUUUAUUAUUAUAUAGAUAAUUUUACAUGUUCCAAAUGUAAUAAAAGAGGUCAUAAUGCAAAUGAUUGUAGACAAAUGAGAGAUAGAGGAGGUAGAAAUGGAUGUUAUAAUUGUGAUUAAAAUGGUCAUUUUAAAAAGAAUUGUCCAAAAUUAAAUAACUAUAGAAGCGAAAGAAGUAACAGCAGGGAAAGAGAGAAGAUGUCUAUUAAAAAGAACUAAUUCUAAACUAUAGGAGAAGAUAAUUAAUAAAUAGAUUAGUGA